AUCUCAACCGACUGGAGCAAUGCUGUCACGGCUGAUUCUUCUCCUGGCGCUGGCGUCGCCGUUGAUUACUGCCCAGCCCCACCCUCACCCGAGACCGAUUAGCCUGGAAGGCUGCGGUCACACCAAGGGUUGCUUUGCCAUGCCCGAGGGCUGCCACCUGGGACCGCGCGGACACGAGGAGUGCGACGGUGUGUACACGCAGGAGGUCGAGCCGCACAACCCGCUCAACGUUCGCAUUCAGCUCUACGGACGCACGGUGGCCGGCUGGAUUGCCGUUGGAUUCAACAACAAACAGCAUAUGGAUGGUACUGAUGUGAUCGCUUGCCAGGCGACACCGGAAGGACACAUUCAGGUCAAGAAUCUUCACAAUGUCAACCAUACCAACCACAUGGAUGACCUCACUAAUGUGGCACCCUACCUGUACGAUGCAAGUGGCAUGUUGCACAACGGAUCCAUCACUUGCCAGGCUGACCGUCCUCUGGUCACGGAGAAUGAGAAGUUCGAUGUGAACUUGAACCUGCCCCAUUACAUCCUCUUUGCCUGGAACUUCAACGGAACUGCUCCGGCAAAUGGCCCGUUGAUGCACAUGCACCAAGCCAUGUCAGUAAUCAGCAACCACACCUUGUCCGCACACACCAUCUUCUUCAACAACAUUACCGAAAAAUCAGUUGACUUGUCGACCUGCGGUAAGACCAAGGGGUGUAGCCGUGCCCCGGCUGGGUGCCAGUCUGCCGAGGAAUGCUACUAUGUGUUCACGCAGCAAGUCAGUCAGCACGAUUCCAGCAUGGUCGAGUUUGAGCUGACUGGAUAUGUACAUGGCUGGGUGGCCAUGGGUUACAACUUCAACUACACCAUGAAUGGUACAGAUGUUGUCGGCUGCCAGAUCACGCCAGAAAUGGACCGUGUCGCCGUCAAGAAGCUCCACAACGUCAACCACACGAACCUUGUCGAUGGCAAAGACACCCAACACGGCCUCAUGCGUCCCGAGGGUCGAUUCGUAGAUGAGCGCAUCCACUGCCGGUGGGCACGGUCAAUCAAGCCAAUCGAAGGCGAUGCGUUCAGCAGAGACCUGAGCCUGAGCAGCUACAUCAUUCUUGCUGCAAACGUCAAUGCAACAGCUCCAGCAAACGAAGCCCUUGGUCACAUGCAUAGUUAUCCACCUAUGAUCCUGCCCGACAUGCAUACUGCCAUGGAUCAUACAUUCAACUACAAUGUGAGCGCGGACAGUCCGGACAGCCCGCUGGACACGAGUGCGCUGUACGAGCAUGCGGAACGGGCCGAGGAGCCCGCUCCAGUACAAACGCCGCUGGCGAUUGACCUGAGUGGCUGUGGAAAGACAAAGGCGUCGGUUUAA